CACCACUUGUUUUUGGCAACGAAUGGACCACCACAUAGUGGACUCAUUUUACCCCAAAACUCCCAGGAACCGUUUGGAGAUACUGAGGGCAAUUAUGUUUUGGGUUUUUGUGCUCCAGCUAAUGACAAGCUUUGAGGGUUCAUCUGGAGCUGAACAUGAGACGCUGUGCAGCUCUAAUGCAUGCUUCACACUGCAUAUGGACUUGGCCAACUUUGAGACGGCUAGCCAGAGCUGUAUCCACAAUGGAGGUUAUUUGAUGUCCAUCAGAGAGAGAGAAGAAGACGAUGUUUUGCAGCUGCUUCUUUCACAGAUCAAAAGACAACAUCAGGACAGGUCAAUUAAAUUUUGGAUUGGAUUAAAACUGUACAGAGGGAACUGUUCGUCAGCUGAUGAGACUCUCAGGGGAUUUAAGUGGGUAUCUGGGGAGAAGGAUUCCCACUACUCCAACUGGAUUAAAGAACCCGUCACCACUUGCACAGAGGAGAGAUGUGUAAGAGCUCAUUAUACUUCAUUAGGUCAGACACAACUGAAAUGGAUUGAUGGAUCUUGUAAAAGCUCUGCUUUUUAUGUAUGUAAGUUUUAUUUUAGAGGAAUGUGUAAACCGUUAGCUCUGUUGGGGCCUGGACAGAUAAAUUACACAGCACCAUUCUCUGACAAGCCACAAAAAAGUGUAAUGCAAUUAUUUCCUCUUGGAACGUAUGCUCAAAUUGAAUGUAGUGACCAGUCGUUUCACUACUCUGUGUGCAUGGAGAAGGACAACAUCUAUGACUGGACGGCCCACGGUCCAUAUUGCAAAGCAGCAAAGCGAUAUUGCACGGUUAACAAUGGUGGAUGUGAACAUCUAUGCUCUCAGGAUGUAGAUGAGGCACGCUGUAUUUGCAAAGAAGGCUACAACCUGGAUGAGGAUGGACUCACUUGCAGGAUGAAAGAUUUGUGUAGCGUUGACACCUGUGAGCAUCAGUGUGUCACUAGGGAGUCUGGAUAUUCUUGCGAAUGCCCAGAUGGAUUUAAACUAGAUGUAAACCAGCACAACUGCUCUGACAUAGAUGAGUGCCAGUCACAGAUCUGUGAGCAUCAUUUGUGCAUUAAUACUCAUGGCAGCUACAGCUGUGUGUGUAAAGAUGGUUAUAAAAUGGACAUGGGUAAGUGUAGUGAUAUUGAUGAGUGUGUGCAGCCAAUAUGUGAACACAUCUGCUUGAACAGAAUCGGAUCCUUUUCAUGCAAGUGCAACGAAGGCUUUACUUUAUCUGAGGAUGGCUAUUCAUGUGUGGACAUAAAUGAAUGUGUCAGUCAUGUCUGUCAUCAACAAUGUGUCAACACUGAAGGCAGCUUCUUCUGCACCUGCCAGCAAGGCUUCCACAUGGACACCAAUGGAUCCAUAUGUGCUCCAGACGUGACAGAAACAUCAGCUGCUUCAUCAGACGACAGAGUCAAAGAGGGAACACGAGAGAACAUCACAGACUUUUUAACCAGAGACACAGAUGAGCUCCAACACCAGCCCCCUCAUGCUUACACAACACUUCCAACCCUUGUGAAUGUCACAGAUGGUGAUCAGCAGAGCAACAACACAGCAUUGGUGACAAGUUUUGCCAAGACUGGUUAUUCCAGGGUGAUCAUCUGUGUCCUCGGUUCACUCGUUCCUCUGCUGCUUUUGGUCGCAGUAACUAUAGCCAUCGCACUGUUUCGAUGCAGGGACUCACAAAAAGAAGUCAAGAAAAACACCACUACAGACGGAUAUUGUUGGGUGUCUUCUGGUUUGGAUCCGCGUUUGGAGAAACUAUACGAGUCUAUCUUGACUGAUGACCUAUGACAUGCCAGUGAUAAGAAAAGACUGUUUUCAAAGUGUUAUAACUUUGUUUAUGUUGUUAUGCAACUUCUCUGGGUUAGGCCAUGUCUUAUGCAGAUAUUAUGUAUAUAUACUGUAUAUAUGGAGAGAGGCGGAUUAGAAAUUGUACAAGCAAAGCAGUUAAUUUGAUGGGCCUUGCCAUUAAAAGAAUUAGGCUGUUCUGGUGAUAUCGGGGACUGAUAUGAGAUUUAGCUAAUUUUUUCUUUCAUGUUCUGAUAUGGGUUAAACAGUUUAAUAUUCAAAUGUGCCUUCUUUCUAGCAUUUCCAAAGAAAAUGUUUGAGAGAACAAACCCCUCCAAUCACAUUUUACUUUGUGUUCAUCAUAUUUCAUGCUGGUGUAAAUAUUGUGCGUGUCAAACCAAUAGGCAUCUGUAUUAUUAGCUUACACUAAAAAGAA